AGCUGUCAGAGUGAAAAUUCUUAUCAGUCUAUUGAGUGGAAAAUAUUGUGAUCUAUAAGUUUCUGAAAAUUUCUUGUUUUUCGACUUGUUACAUUAAUCAUAUUGUACAAAAUAAUUCAUUGUACAUAAUUCCGUCGAAAUUUUUGUGAAUUCGGAUAAUCUGUCGACCAUCUAUUCAUCGAUCGAUUUGAUGUCAGCUUUGUCUUUUGAUGUCAGCUUUGUGAAAUAAUGAUUUAUUAAAAAAGUUAACAAUUUCUAUCUUGGAAAGCACACAUUAAAUAUUCAUCAUGUUAAACACGAAUUUGGUUGUACCUGUAAUUCUGUGGGGGCCAAACACUCCUACCCACUGCGUUUCUAGUGUAUUUUUGUCACGGGACCAGAAGAUCCUUGCUACUGGUUGUUACGAUGGUCAGAUUUGUUUAUGGCAAGUAGACCCGGACACUCUGCAAAUGACGCCUCGUUGUUUACUCGUAGGACAUACGGCACCUGUACUUUGUCUCACUCGAGCAUCUAUAGUACAAGAUAAUAACUUUUUGGUGAGCUCAUCGGAAAAUGGAGAAAUGUGUACUUGGGAUUUGGUGGAUGGGAAAUGCACAGAAAGUAUCAAAAUGCCUCAAGUUCAUACUAACAUUCAGGCGUAUCAUAUGGCAAAUUGCGACGAUAUUCGAUUAUUUUGCAAUGGCUAUUAUGCGGAAAUAAUGGUAAUGGAUCCAUUCAGUCUAGAAGUGCUGUUUUCCUUGAGUUCGAAGGUAAACCCGGAUUGGAUAUCUGCGUUGCAUGUUUUAAGACCGUCCAAACGUAAAGAUGAUGUUGUUCUCGCCAUCACAACGACAGGAACAGUUAAAGUAUGGACGUUGAUAGGAAAUGAAAAUAAAUAUUCUGAGCCAAUUUAUGAAAAUGAAUCUAAGCAGAUUCGUUGCUUGAAUGCAAUUACCAUGAACUGUUGCUCAUUGAAUCAACGAACUGUACUUAUCGUAUGUGCUAAAUAUUGGCAAAUCUACGAUGCCGGAGAUUUUACCGUAUUGUGCAGUGUGAUUUCACCAUCCGGAGAGCGAUGGAUGGGAGGUGAUUUUCUGUCUAACGAUCGUGUUAUACUGUGGUCAGAUGAAGGAAAAGGUUACAUGUACCGUCUACCUGCCAAUAGUAUACCAGACAAUAAAGACUUCCACGGACCAUCAGUUGGCAAAGAUUCUCCAUAUUUGUAUUGCGUACUUUCCCAAACUGGGGAAAAGCCAUUGUCUUGUCCACCAACAAUAAAAUUGGUCACUUCGAAUCGAGGUGGUAAAAUGCAAAAAUAUCUUCUUCGGGGCGAUUCUGAAGGUUACAUCCAUAUAUGGGCUGUUCCAGAUAUAACUAUGGAGCAAAUUAAAGUGAUACAAAAUGAGAAACAAUUACCAGCAACGCUUCAAUCAACAAUCUGCACCAGUUUGGAGGAAGCUUGGAACAAAAUGAAUCCCUCGCCCGUUGGCAUAUUAGACCAAUUGUACAGAAACAGUACCGAGCCGAUGAUCAAGUUGACGGCUAGCAUCUAUCUUCCACAACAAAGUCGACUUGUUGUUGGUCGUGAAGACGGUAGUAUAAUUAUUGUGCCAGCCACUCAAACCGUCAUGCUGCAUUUACUAUACGGCCAGCACCAGGAAUAUAAUGAUUGGCCUCGUCAUCAGAUAUUGAAUGGUCAUAGCGGUCGGGUGAACUGUUUGCUGUGCCCAUCUUUAGCCAAUCCGCGCUACGACAAGUCACACCUUGUUUCGGGUGGAGUUGAUUUUGCCGUAUGCUUAUGGGAUUUGUACAGUGGUCAACUGAUCCAUCGGUUCUGCGUUCAUGCUGGAGAAAUCACGCAGCUUUUGGUGCCACCUUCAACAUGCAGCCCGAGAAUAUUAAAAUGUAUAUGCUCAGUUGCAUCCGAUCAUUCAGUUACCUUGUUUAGUCUACAGGAGCGAAAGUGUGUUACCCUUGCCAGUCGACAUCUGUUUCCAGUUGUUUCCAUUAAAUGGCGUCCACUUGAUGAUUUUCUCAUCGUUGGUUGUUCGGAUGGUACCGUGUAUGUUUGGCAAAUGGAAACUGGUCAUUUGGAUCGAGUUCUACAUGGUAUUCUAGCGGAAGAAGUGCUUAAUGCAUGCGAUGAAAACUUAGGGGACACCGGUAGUAGCAGCGGAUCUACGUCAGAUAUGGGACUAGCAAAUCCUGCUGUACACUUUUUCAGAGGGUUACGUCACAGGAACUUCAAUGCUAUUCGACACGCUACGCAGCGUGGAAUUCAUCAACUGCAGCAGCUUCAUGCUCAUAACAAUCAACACGGCGAUUUUUUGAUGAAAAAUAGAAGUAGCCCCUUAAUAAUCCAAGGGUUACGCACAAAUCCCAAAGAUGCUGAGAGCCAUAUUCUUUUUUUCGAUAUCGAAGGACUUAUAUUUGAGUUGCACGCGGAGGAAUAUGCAGCCAUGAGUCCUAGUACGUUGGAGGCAGAAGGUUUACUCAUUCCUGCCGGAGUGGAAUCUAAUUCAUCGGAUGCAGGCAAAAAGAUUUCAGACUUUUUUGGUCGUGUUAAGAACAAAGCUGGGGACAUGGAAAAAAUUCUCAAAGAAAAAGAUAAACACGGCAUUCUGGCUAAAAUGAAGGAGGGCGCAGAAAAUGUACAGACUAAGGUUCAGGCCAAGCUGGAUAGUGUGGUGAAGAAUGUUGGUGAUACGGGUAAGGAAACCUCCGAUAUAUCUAAAAAGAUAGCACCUCGCAUGGAAGCUACUCAUGUGAUGGAAGUCGCCCAACUACUUCUAUCAUUAUUGCAUUCCUGGGGCCUAGAUCCUAAUUUAGAUAAAGUCUGUGAGACACAGCUCGGAUUACUCAAGCCAAUGAUUCCAGUAUCCUUCGGCGUAUUGUCGAAAGGUGGCUAUAUGUCUUUACUAUUGCCGACUUGGCAGAAUAACGCUGAUGUUAAAAUAAGUCCGCAAGAGGUCAAAGCUGCAUCUUCCACGAUGGAACUAAUGAGACAAAAAUAUUUAACCAGCAUAUUUACAGCACGUCUCCACUGGGAGCUUAGUACCACGCUAACUUCGAACCAUUUGCUGGCAUUGAUUUCUAUGUCGAACACGCUUAUGUCGAUGAAUAUGGCAACAUUCAUCCCCGAACAGGAACGCAACCGGAAACUGCACCGACAGACAACCCGUGCAUCAUGGACAAAUGAUGAGGAACAAGAGGAGCUUUAUACCCAGCAACAGGCACAGAUCAAACAAGGUUGGAGCUUACUUUCUACUCAUCAUUGCUUUUUACUACCCGAAAAAAUCGAUGCUUUGGAUGCGAACACUUUUAAACGACCCCAAGUGGAAAUGAUGGCCCGUCGUUGGCAGCAUCACUGCUUAGAAAUACGAGAAGCAGCACAGCAGUUACUAUUAGGUGAACUUGGUCGUAUGGGCAAAAAGGGUAGGAAACAGCUAGUUGAGAGCUGGGCACAAUACUUACCAAUGUACACACAUACUGAACCGAUAGUUCAACAAGCACAAAACACUAGUCAAUCUAAUACUGGUUCACCUGUAACAACACCGGGUGCUCAAAUCAUGGAAGCCCAAGAAGAAGAAUCUGAAGAGGAAGAAGAAGUUGUUCGCAAGCCAUCCAGCCUUGCCGAGUUGAAACGUAAACAAACUACAGCAGUUGUUUUGCUGGGAGUAAUUGGGGCCGAAUUUGGUCAAGAUAUUUCUUCAUCCGAUGGCAAAAGAAAUAAUGAAAACCGAAGAAAAAGCUCUGUCGUGGAAGGUUUUGGUAUCGGGAAUAACAAUCUUGCUCGCUCUACUUCGAUGGCACUGACGCAUUUGUUGUUAGCUCUCCCAACACCGAAACUUCCUGCAUACACACCACUGAGAAGAGCGGCCAUCGAUCUAAUUGGGCGCGGAUUCACCGUUUGGGAGCCAUACAUAGAUGUCAGCAAAGUACUUCUUGGUUUAUUAGAAAUGUGCUGCGAUUCGAAUCGGCUCAUCCCUAGCUUAAACUACAAGCUUCCACUGACACCACAAGCCGACGCAUGCCGAACUGCUCGCCAUGCAUUGAGGCUCAUAGCAACUGCUCGACCUGCUGCAUUUAUCACUACUAUGGCCCGGGAAGUGGCUCGAUACAACUCGAUGCAGCAGAAUACUCAGACUAUCAGUGUACCGAUUACGCAAUCGGUAUUGCACAGAGCCAAGCGUGAAAUUUUACAAUGUGUUGAAAUGCUUAUAGAUAAAAUGCAAACUGAAAUCGCCAAUCUGCUGGUCGAGGUAAUGGAUAUUACAUUGCAUUGUGUAGAUUCUAGUGAUUUGAAAAACAAGGGUCUUUCUGAAGUAAGUCCGUCGAUGUGUAAAUUCAAUCAAGUAUCUCAUUGCAGUGCGUCACGACGAAUAGCAGUCGGCGCCAGUAACGGUCAUCUAGCGAUCUAUGAACUGCGGCAAAACAAAUGCCAAAUGAUACCAGCCCACACAAAACCGGUAACAGCGCUGGCGUUCAGUCCGGAUGGUAAAUUUUUAGUCAGCUAUUCCUGUGCUGAAAAUCGCCUAUCGUUUUGGCAAACUAGCACUGGCAUGUUUGGAUUAGGACAAUCGCAGACUCGUUGCAUCAAAGGAUAUUCAACGGCUCCUAUUCCUGAUGUUGCUCGGCUAAACCCCAUGCGUUUAGCUAAACUCAUUUGGAUCAACAAUCGAACGGUGACUCUAAUGUUAGCUGACGGCUCUGAAACACGUUUUAACGUUUAAGUGAGUGUAAAAAUUAACUAUUAAAAAUGCUUACUAGUUGUUGUUAAUUAUUGUGUUAUGCAGAAGUGUCAAUGUUUUACUAAAUAUGGUUGUUCUACUCAAUAUCUGUCAUUUCAUGAAUCAAGGCUAUGAUAAGUAAAAUUGUAUGAAUGUUGAUUCAAAUGAUCAAUCCUGAACACAUUCUUGAAAAAAACUACACCAAACCGGAUCAUAUACGAAAACGAUCAAACUAUUUAGAUUCGUCCUGGUAUAGUCAUAGAUAACCAGAAAAAAAAUCCAAAUUUCCAACGGUAUAAAUAUUAACUCUGCUUCUGUUCGUUUUAUCCCAAUUCUUGCUGACUUGCGAUAAUGAUAUAUAGAUAUGUGUUUGACCCUACCAGCAAAACGAAAAUGGAAGAGACAAAAUUUAAAAUAGAAUCAAUACAGCGUGCGCAUCAUCAAUGGUUUAUAUAAUUAUGCAAAUUUUUCGCGUUUGGUUGGUUUAUUUUGUUUCUUUUAAAUCUCGAAUGUUUUCUCACGGGGUCGCUCUGCUGGUUGCCCAAUUUUGGCACUCGUUCAGAGCGGGAAAUAUCCAAUUAAAAUGUAGGAAGUGGACGAUUUAUGAAUUGACCCAGUUUCUUCGACACUGGUACGACAGGUACGGUGACCUGAAUUAGUUGUGAUUUUUUUCGAAUGCAAGAAAUAGUUCCAACACAUGUUGCCGAAUUAUAUUCAAGAACACGUCGUUACCGGCUUAGUGCAUAGUUCUACUGUUUUUUCUUCGGCAUGUCAGUUCAAGUUUUUACCUUCAGAGUAUUACAUACGCUAUAAUAUACAAUUGACUGUUGGAAUGAAAAUAAACAUUAUUACUAUA